AUGAUGCUGAAUAUCUGCAAGAAGAAGAUCUUCAUGAACAAAGAUGGAAUUAGAUCUAGUGAAGAAAUCCAUAUUUAUAAGACCAUCCACUACCUGGUAAUGGUCGACCCUGAUGCUCCAAAUCCUUGUGAUCCCACCAUGAGAGAGUAUUUGCACUGGCUGGUCGUUGAUAUCCCAGAAGGAACUGACGCAACUUUCGGCCAGGAGAUAACAAGCUACGAGGGUCCGAGUCCAACAAUUGUUGGGAUUCACAGGUAUGUCUUCGCGUUGUUCCGGCAAUCUGGCAGACAGACGACUGGUGCUCCGGGUUGGCGCCAGAAUUUCUGUACCAGAGACUUCGCUGAGCUCUACAAUCUUGGACUGCCGGUUGCUGCCACUUACUUCAACAGCCAGAGGGAGGGCGGUUGGGGAGGAAGAAGGUAA